AUGGAUAAUCCUGCCAAUCCGAAUAUCCACACCAUCGUCAAGGCGCAAAUUGUAUUCCUGCUGUCGACGCUCACGGAGGAAAAUUUCGAGAGGAAUCAGGCAGAAAUCCGCUCCUUGUCCGAACAGCAUGGAAUCGACAUAUAUCUCCACUUCAUCCGCAGGCUCAUAGUGCACUCUCAGAGUCGCCUUUUCCUAACACCCACACCCAACACCUUCGACGCAUCCAGCCCCCUCACAUUCCGCCUGUUGGUGCAGGAGACGCAACGUCUCGCACGCGACCCAUUCCUCGCAGACCGCUUCAGAGAUGGCAUUGAUAAGGGCGAGGGAGAGCUCUUUCGUCUCUUUGAUUUGGCACGUUUUGCCGAACGCGUCGGUCUUCGCCCGCUUGAAAGGCUCAUACUUGCGGCAUCCAUAGUGGCGGGCCAAACGCGUCGAGACCUUGCGUCUCAAGCAGUGAAUAUCAUCCGAGCAGACUUUGAGAGCGCCGUAAUGGCGAUCUGUCAGCAUCCCUCCUUCGACCACGCGGAUUUGUCCCCAAAUCAGAUAGCGAGGUUGUUGACGAACCUCCUUUCCGAACCUCCCCUGGAUACACCUGUCUUGGAAGCACCCCAGCGCCAAGCUCUUAUUGCUGCCGCCCAGGCGAAAUACGGCCCUGAGAUUGUUUUGCCCAUUCUUCAGCGCAUUCUUUCCACUUUUUGCCUUUCUGCUGGCACCACGCUAGUGCAGACCUUAGCGCAGCUGGGUCCUGACAUUACGGCUGAUCCUGAUGUCGUCCGCGCACUUCUUGCGCGUUUUGGCGUCUCAGAGUCGAAUCCCCCGCGAGACGAUCAAGUAGUCGAGAUUGUGCAGAAUCUUGCUCGUCUGGCGUCGGAGGGCGCAGUCUUGCCCGACGUGGGUGCGCUCAUCAGGGCCCUGAGCAGCUAUGACGUGAAAAUCACAUGGGCUAGUGUAAUUAAGGCUUUUGACAUGCCAGACCGUCAAGGAGUAGACACGGCAACCUUGAAGUUACUCAUUGCCAUUUUGCUCAACUGUCCACGCGAUGCUGAAGUGCACGCUGUCACUGGCUUUUGGCAGUUGUGGUCCAAUUCUCUGUAUCAGCUUCGACUGCUAGACGCGCUCCUCUCUCUCCCCGCGGACACAUUCAACUUCGUGUCGCUACCAGGGCAUCGUAUUGUCACCGUGGACGACGUGGCUAACGCAAGUCCGACAAUCAAAUCCCUUGCUGCCAAUGUUCAGGGCCACACAUGGAACUCACUUGACCUGUUCGAAGUCUUGGUCAGAUUGGCCGACUCUGAUUCGAUUGAAGUGAGAGGUUUUGUAAGGGAAAUGCUCGAUAAGGCGGUCAAGAUCAGUGCGGAGCUCGUUCACAUGGGUCUCCUACAAGUUCCCUAUUCAAACUGGGGCGAGAUUCGUUCGGAUUACACACAGCGGCUAUUAGCCAUGUUCCUAGCGGGGCACCCGAACCACCAGCUAGUUUUCAUGCGCAUCUGGCAGAUUGAGCCUUCCUAUUUGACCAAUGCAUUCCGCGGGUUCUAUGAAGAGAGUCCACUGAAUAUCACAAGGAUCUUGGACGUUGCUCAAGACUUAAAGAUAUUGGAUUCUCUUCUGGAAGUUCGUCCAUUCACAUUCGCGCUCGACGUGGCUGCGUUGGCGUCGCGUAGAGAGUACUUGAAUUUGGAUAAGUGGUUGGCAGACAACGUCUCUGCUCAUGGAGCCGACUUCUUGCAUUCCGUCAUCGCUUUCUUAGACGUCAAGAUGGAAAGCGAGAAAGCUACAAGAAUCUCGGAUCCUGCUGUUGACCACCGUACCAUGCCUCUGAACCCUCAAACCAUUACUAUAUUCCUUCGUGUCCUCCGAAACAGCUCUGGUAUUAUGCAUGAAAGCGAUGUCGACUAUUGCUUGGAAGUCCGCAAUGCCUGUCUUCAGAUUCAUCCUCGACUGAUGAAUCUUGUUCCGGGCUCCGAUGCCGAGCCAGGAUUUGCCGUUGUCAGCUACACUCCGGAAAUCGAGGCAGAAGUCGACAGCAUCUACAAGCAGAUGUACGAUGAACACAUCAGCAUUGACGACGUGAUCGCCCUCCUCCAACGUAACAAGACUUCGGCGAACCCUCGUGAUCAUGAGAUAUUCUCGUGCAUGCUCCACUUCCUUUUCGACGAAUACAAAUUCUUCCAGUCCUUCUAUCCGCCCCGCGAGCUAGCCAUGACUGGCUAUCUGUUCGGCUCUCUCAUUCAAUACCAACUAGUGGAUUAUAUCCCACUUGGUAUAGCCAUUCGUUACGUGCUGGAUGCCUUGAAUUGUCCGCCAGAGACAAAUUUGUUUAAAUUUGGGAUCCAGGCUCUGGCACGUUUCGAGUCUCGUCUUUCUGAGUGGCAGCCUCUCUGUCAUGCACUCCUCAAGAUACCUCACCUCCUAGAAACGCGACCUGACUUAGCUACCAGUAUCCAGCGCGCAAUUGCAGCAGCCGGAGACGACGCCAAUAGUGCUGUGGAUCUUCGCACUUUGGGAAUCGCCGGCAUUCCCGAACCUCCUCGCGUUUUCACCGCUAUUCAGCCUGACGAUGCCGAAGGCGAGAUGGAUCACCCUCCGGAGGAAGUUUCUGAUAAAAUACUAUUCAUAGUCAACAAUCUGGCGCCGCUCAAUUUCGAUUCCAAGCUCGCGGACAUGCGUGCUCAAUUUCAGGAACAGUACUCCCGAUGGUUCGCUAACUAUCUUGUGGAUCAACGCGUCAGUACCGAGCCCAACAAUCACCAACUCUAUCUACGUUUCUUGGACGCUCUCGAUACUCAAUCACUCUUUCGUCUUGUCAUGCAAGAAACAUUCGUCAAGUCAACUGCGCUCCUAAACGCUGAGGCGACGAUGAAAUCUACCUCCGAGCGUACCAUUCUCAAGAAUAUUGCGUCCUGGCUGGGUAAUAUCACUCUCGCUCGAGACAGACCCAUCAAGCACAAAAACUUGUCUUUCAAAGACUUGUUGAUCGAGGGGUAUGAGAGUGGCAGGCUGGCGGUCGCCAUACCGUUUGUGUGCAAGACCCUGGAGCCUUGCGCAAAAUCCAAGGUUUUCAGGCCCCCGAAUCCCUGGUUAAUGGCUGUAAUCAGUCUUCUCGCUGAACUAUAUCAUUUCGCGGAAAUGAAGGCUAUUCUGAAAUUCGAGAUUGAAUUGCUAUGCAAAGCGCUUGAGAUUGACAUUGAUUCCAUACAGGCUACUACAAUUCUGCGCAAUCGACCGUUGACUGACGUGUUAGCUGGGACUGGACUCCCGGAAUAUGUUGGCGAUAUCGAUGCGCUACCUAUGGGCGGUUACGACCUAACAACUCAGGCGCAAGGGGAAACGCAGGUCUUGCCCCUUGGGCCCACAAGCCCGUCCGAAGGCCAACGAGUUCUUGGUGCUCACAUCGAAAGCAUUUUGGCUGCACUACUGCCUCUUGUUGUUAUCAAUCCUCAGCUUGCCCCCCUCCAUACCAAUCAAUCUUUCAAGCGUGCUAUUCAGCUUGCGGUUGAUCGAGCAGUGCGGGAUAUCCUCGUCCCUGUGGUCGACCGGUCGGUUGCAAUUGCUGGGAUCUCUACAAGGGAGCUUGUAGCGAAGGAUUUUGCGACCGAACCCAGCGAAGAUAAGCUCCGAAAGGCUGGUCAUCUGAUGGCACAGAGACUGGCUGGAAGUCUAGCAUUGGUGACUUGCAAGGAGCCUUUGAGAAGUAACUUGACUGGCCAAAUUCGUAGAGGGUUGUCUGAAUAUGGAUUCAACGAGCAAAUGGUGCCCGAGCAAGUCAUCAUGAUUCUUGCACAAGAUAAUAUCGACCUCGCAUGUCAAGCUAUUGAAAAGGUCGCUAUGGACCGCGCCAUCAUCGACCUGGACGAGGGCUUUGCCGCCGCUUACGAAAUUCGCAGACGUCAUCGUGAGCAACGACCGGGUCAGCCAUUCUGGGAUUCGGCAUAUCCACAGCCAGCCGUAGUGGCUUCGUUCCCUGAACCACUUCGAAUCAAAGCGACGGGUGUCCUGCCCAUUCAGACAGCUGUAUAUGAGGAUUUUGGGAUGGAUACAAAAAGAAGAACAUUAUCAAGUCGGCCAAGUUCGACGGUCUCGUAUCCCCGGAAUGAUCAUCCGUCAGCAUCCGUGUAUGCGCCAUCACCCAUGCCCGAACAAGCGGUUCCAGGACAAACAUUCCUACGUCAUCAGGAAGCUAUGGACCGUUUCAAUGCUUUGGUCAAAGAGUUGGAAGCGCUUUUGGUGCAGCUGCCUAUUCAGUCUCUUGCUAUGCUACCACCCAGUCAUGAUGUUCGAAGCCUCGUCCGCCAGAUCCUCUUCCUCGCCAAUGAUUCCAUGGAUCGCCAUCGGACUCCCCUUCUCAUGUCGCAAAAGAUAGUGCAGCUGCUUUACAAAACAUCGUCACAAUUGGGUCGGGAGAUUUAUGUGGCUUUGUUAGACGAACUAUGUCAUUCAUUCGAAGAUGUGGCGAAGGAGGCCAUCACAUGGCUGAUAUACGCAGAGGAUGAGCGAAAAUUUAAUGUCUCCGUCACUGUGACCUUGUUGCGAAGUGGUCUUAUUAGCACUGCUCAGGAGGACCAGCAGCUAGCCAAAUUUCUCUACAAUGACCCCCGACCUAGCCUACUCAGUUUCUCUGCUGAGCUAAUUCGAGAGUGCAUUGGCACCAACCCCCCGAUUGCAUCUCAAAGUCAUUUUCCAUACACUCUGGAGGCCUUGAACCACUUGUCUCAGUCUGGCAAGGCUAAUGAGGAUGUUCUUGGGCUGCUUGACGAUCUCAGAGGAGUGCGCCGGCCAUCCACUCAAUCUGUUACCGACGUUCCCCGACAAUCGUCCACGGGACCAGAAACCGAGCAACUGAGGGAGAAGCUAUUCUUCUGGUUCCAACAAUGGGUUUCAAUCUUCCAGCGUUCCCAUUCGCCCGAGAAGUCAUUCGUCCCUUUCAUUAGGGAGCUCACAAAGCAAGGUAUCUUGAAAAUAGAGGAUGUAUCGUCUUUCUUCUUUCGCGUAUGUGCCGAGUCUAGUGUCAACAGCUACAUCAAAUGUGUCGCCGCGGGAGAAUCGGAGAUCGCUUUUCAGGCAUUGGAUGCGAUGUCGAGAUUGAUCGUAUUGAUUAUCAAGUAUCACGGUGAUGCUUCAGGAGUUAACAACGACCAGGCCAAAGUUCAUUACUUGACGAAAAUAUUGUCUAUCUUCGUUCUCGUCCUAGCGAACAUGCACGAAGAGCAAGGCCAACUAUUUCAGCAGAAACCGUUCUUCAGAUUCUUCUGUAGUCUGCUCAACGAUCUGCACACUCUUGAAGAUAGCCUUGGGUCGGCAUACUUCCAAUUGUUGUUGGCGAUCGGCGACACCUUCAGUUCACUCCAGCCGACAUACUUCCCCGGGUUUGCAUUCUCCUGGAUGAGCCUGAUCUCCCAUCGUCUAUUCAUGCCGAAGCUGCUUCUUUCGGAGAAUCGCGAGGGCUGGUCUGCGUUCUACAAGCUUCUGCUGUCUUUGUUUAAGUUUUUGUCUCCUUUCCUCAAGGCAGCGGAUCUUCAACAAGCAUCAAGAGAUCUUUACCGUGGGGCACUCCGCCUUCUCCUAGUCCUACUCCACGAUUUCCCCGAAUUCCUGAGCGAAUAUUACUUCACGCUCUGCGACAUGAUUCCUGACAGAUGCGUUCAGUUGCGCAACAUCAUUUUAAGCGCAUACCCUCCCGCCAACGUACCACCCGAUCCACACCUUUGCAAUGUCGAUUUUGAAUCCUUAACCGAGACGGGCCCUAUCCCUCCUAUCCUGUCAGAUUUUGCCUCCAACCUGAAAACCGGAGAUUUGCGCGCGUACUUAGAUCAGCAGCUUUUAGGCCGGGGAUCGCCCUCUUUCUUGCCAUCCCUCAAGGAGCGUCUCAAACUGAAUAGUAAUUCAGAAGGCGUUUCAGAGACAUACAACGUGUCGCUUAUGAAUUCCCUUGUCAUGUACAUCGGCGUAUCGUCUGUCGCACAAGCCAAGGCCCGAAGCGGCAACUCUUUAUUCGUCUCUAGCGAUCCGGGAGUGGUCGUUCUUCAUUACCUCGCCGCCAACUUAGAUAUUGAAGGCAACUCCAUGGUUCUCCAUUUGCGCUAUCCCAAUGCACACACGCACUGGUUCAGUAGCCUCAUGCUGUAUCUAUUCUCGGAGAUCAAAAGCCACCAAUUCAGAGAGGUUCUAACCAAGGUUCUUCUGGAGCGAUUCCUUGUACACCGCCCGCAUCCUUGGGGUGCUUUGGUGACGUUCAUCGAAUUACUUCGCAACCCCAAGCACGAAUUCUGGAGCCAGGACUUCGUACGCAUUGCGCCUGAAGUCACACUGCUUCUUGAAAAUGUCGCGCGAUCCAUCUUCCAGUCGUAG